UGCAGUUUAUGAGCCAUGCUCUGAAACUAGCUCUGUCUUUCCUUUCUGUUCUCAGGAAUGGAACCAGAUCCUGGGCUCAAGGACUGGAAGGGGGGGCCAUGUGUGAGAAGACCCUGCUACAUGGCAGGUAGGCAGACUGGCAGGCUGGAAGAGAUGGGAAGAAGCUUACAGAAAAUGCUAUAGGAGAACAAUCUUGGAGAACAAGGGGUUAAGUGGCUGAGGAAGAUUCAGCUCCAGAGGCGUUCCUCAUUAUCUGUAGCUGCUGCAAGAGAGAGAGUUAGGUCAACAAAGCCUAUGUCAUUGGUUUUGCUCAAAAUACAGUUCCAUUUGGAUCCUGCACUCCCUACACUGUUUCCAUUCACGGUGAUCAUUAUACAGACAAUUUCAGGUUAGGUACUGGUUUCCUGAGUCGCCCUUAUGAAUGAUGCCAUUUUCAGCACCAACUGCCUAUUGUUAAAGUGGCAGGGGACUUCUUUUCACCUGAGGAUGUGAUGUUGUUUCCACUCAGAAGAAGAUAAAGUCUCUCUAUGUGAACCCCUAAAAGGUGACCAGAGCACAUUUUGUUUCUACCAUGAAGCCAGCAGCAUUCUUGGUCUUUGUACUGGGAGCGAUUAUCAUCAUCAGCUACACUUUUUACAGAACUGAGACCAAGAUUGCCAUCUUCGGACGUCUCGUGGGGCAAGUGGAAAGGAUUCAUGUUGCUACAGAAGUUGAUAACAGAAGGACGACUUCGCCAGUCCCAAGCCAUAGUGGGAUGGAAUGGGCAGAAAAAGACAUAAGAGGUAUCCUCAAAAAACUAGACCAGCUGAUGCCCAAUGUAUCUUUCACGGAUAUAAAGACCACCACAAGUGCCAAGAACAGCAAAGCCACCGUAUUAAACCCCAAGGAUUCUUAUUGCAUUGGAGAUCCCUUGAUAGUUCGACUGGAUUUGUACAACCACUUGGGGAAGAGAAAGGAGUACGGAGGAGACUUCUUACAAGCGAGGAUCUACUCUUCAAGCCUUAAGGCCGGAGCAUCUGGGCAUAUUGAGGACCAUAAGAAUGGGACGUACCUGGUCAAUUUCACUUUAUUUUGGGAGGGCAAAGUCAGAGCAUCUUUCCGGCUCAUCAAUCCCAGUGAAGGAGUUUCUGCACUGUGGUCUGCGAGGAAGAGAGGCUACAACAAAAUAGGUUUCAGGGGCAGGUUUUUAAACGGAACAUUGAAUGUCUUCAGCGAUUGUGGUUUUCAUUUAGCAACAAAAGAAGAACUGUGUGAGUAUCUGGACAGGAGAGACAAGGAGACCUUCUACUGCGUGAAACCAAAGAAUGUGUCUUGUGAAGCUUUUGUUUCGCUUAAUUCCUACAACAAGCCCAUCUCAUAUCUCACAGCCCUGGAAAAGAGACUUUUUGACAGGUCCAACAUUGGAGCUGAGAUCCCGCAGGCAUUUGGGGAAAUAAGCGUUGCAGCUUGUGGAAGCAAGAAGACAACGGCAAGUGAGAAAUGCCAGGUUGGGAUGAGCUCCCCAUCUCCCAGUGGCUUUGCUUGGCAGAACCAGUGGCACCCUAUGUUCUGCAAUGUGUCCACAUUCAACACUUUGGAGCGGAUUAACACUUGCUUGGAACGAAAGCUAAUUUACCUCCUGGGAGACUCAACUGUGAGGCAAUGGAUCGAGUAUCUCACAAAGAGAGUGAAUACCCUUAAAUAUCUUGACAGCCAUGGAACUGGGAGGCAGCGGAAUUUGAUUGCUGUGGACAUGGCGAGAAACAUCCAAAUCCAGUGGAAAAAACACAAGCAUCCCUUCGUCACUGUUAUUGAGUAUAUGGUAAGAGAUCAUAACUACGUAGCUCGGGAGAUUGACCUGGUGGCAGGUGACAAAGACACAGUGGUUGUCAUCUGCCUGGGUCAACACUUCCGCGCCUUCCCCAUUGAGCUGUUCAUCCGAAGGGCAAUCAAUGCCCGGGAAGCCAUCCAGCGCCUUCUCCUGAGGAGCCCAGAUACAAAAGUCAUCAUCAAAGGGGAGAACACCCGGGAGGUGUCCAUAGAACAAGAACUAUUUGGGGACUUCCAUGGCUAUGCCCAGCACCUUGCACUAAAGGACAUUUUUCAGGAUCUGAAGGUGGGCUUCAUUGAUGCCUGGGACAUGUCAAUUGCUUAUGGGAUGAACAUACUUCACCCAUCAGAUCACGUGGUUGGAAAUCAGAUUGAUAUGUUUUUAACUUACAUAUGUUAAAACGCUAAAGCAAAGAGGAAGCAGAGAAUUACGAGUCAGAAAACGUAUCAAUGAAAGUUAUGGAACACUUUAUUUAAAUAGUGCACUUAGAUAUUUUGCUCCACUGGAUUUCCCUAAAUACCUUUCUAGCCUCGUAUCAUUUUCAAAUAGUGCCUGUUGAGAUGCUUCUGGGAAGCUGCCUGGGAUAGGGAGAAUAAUUGGUGUGGUUUUCUUCUGCACAAAUAUUUCCGUCAGGUAGGAGCAGACUCUUA